AUGGCGCCGAAGCUGAGUCUCACGUCUACCCAAAAUAUCUGCGCAAUUGCUGAGGAUGUCACCGAGAGAGCUCUCAAAGCUGGAUAUCGUCAUAUCGAUUCAGCUGCAGUGUAUAGGAAUGAAAGAGAGUGUGUCUCUGCCGUAGAAAAGGCUGGACUGAAGCGAUCCGAUGUAUUCCUAACCACGAAGGUUUUGCCGCAAGCUACGGGGUAUGAGGCAGCGAAGCAAAGCAUUAAGGACAGCCUGAAGAAAGCAAAAACAGAUUAUUUUGACCUAAUCCUUCUCCAUGCCCCCUUUGGGGGUAAAGAGGGCCGUCGUGGCGCUUGGCGUGCUUUGGCAGAAGCACAGAAAGCGGGAAAGGCGAGGUCAAUCGGUGUGUCCAACUUUGGCCUUCACCAUCUAGAAGAGUUGGAAGAUUACAUCAAAAGCAGUGGGGAGGGAAGAAUCGAAGUUGGCCAAUAUGAGCUCCAUCCUUGGCUUGGACGUGCUGAUUUAGUCGACUGGUUGCAUAAGCGUGGUGUGGUUAUUGAGGCCUAUUCCCCGCUGGCCAGAGGUACAAGAAUGGAUGAGCCUGUUUUACGCGCAAUCAGCGAGAAACACAAGAAAAGCCCGGCUCAGGUUUUGAUUCGCUGGAGCCUUCAGAAAGGUUUCGUGCCACUGCCCAAGUCCGCUACCCCGGAGCGGAUUCUAGAGAAUGCGAAUGUGUUUGACUUCGAGCUAGAUGAGGACGACAUGCAAUCUCUGCAUACGGAUGAAUAUGCACCUUCCACCUGGGAUCCUACUGUACAACAGGAUUAGAGAUAUUAUCAUAGUUGAAACG